AUGCCGCCAGCAACUGCCGCCAAUGAUGAAGCUCAUCAACAGCUGUUGAACACUCUAGACAUUUCACAUGUCCCCAAGCCCUUCCGCAACCCUCACUGGAAACCAUCCCAGCGGCGCAACAAGAAUCUCAAGCAGAUUAUCUCAGAGGCCUCCCGUAAGGAAGCAUCGGUGAUGGCAACUCAAGCCAACUCUGGCGCAACUACGCCAGGUACCUCGGGCGCUGUCACCGAUGGCACACAGACCCCUGCGGAAGGGGCUGCACCCAACCUGUCCCAAGCCACCCACAAUCUCUCGACUCUCGUCUUGGAGAAGAACGCUCGGGCGACAUUCCCUACUGGGCCCGCCGUCACCUAUACGAAUAUCGAAUCGGCACCAUCGUUCAACCCUGCCUAUCAUCAUCACUACUGCGACAUCACGGGCCUGAACGGACCGUACACCGACCCCAAGACCCGGCUACGGUAUCACGACAAGGAGAUCUUCAAGGUGAUCCGGAGUCUGGCACAGGGUGUCCCUGAAAACUACCUGGAAGCGCGUGGUGCACAUACCAUUCUGAAGUAA